AUGGCCACUCAGUCCUCAAGCAGCACAGCUACCAUCACCCAACUAUGGGAAGAAUCAAUCAAAGAAUAUGAGAAGGCGACCGGCAAAAAUCUCCGAUUGGGGAAGUUCAAAAGCAUGGAUGAAAUCAUGGCUGGUACCGAAGGCCUGUCGAGCAAGUUCAAGGACUUUCGCAGCGAUGAGUCCAAAGUGACAAAAGUGCGAACUGCUUUGAAAAACAACAUGUGGUUGAUUCAGAAGGUGGUCAAUACUGUUCAGAAUAUUGGCAACGCCGCAUCAGCCUUUCCACCCGCGAUGCCCGCCAGUUUGAUAUUUACAGCCUUUGGACAGGUUAUGCAGUCAUUCGCUGACGUCUCUGCCGAUUAUGACAAGGUUAUGGGCUUUUUCGAUUUCACGCAUAGAUUUUUUGACAGGCUUUCCAUGAUCGAGCAGAAGAUGCCCGAUCUGCCUCCGUUUCAGCGUUGCGUCAGUCGUGUAUUUUCAAGCAUACUCAAAAUUUGUGCGAUUUCACAAAGAUACUGCGCAGAAAAACGAUUCAAGAAAUGGUUUGAAAACUUGAUGCAUGGAACCGACGGAGAACUGGCUGGGGCCAGCGCGGAGUUGGAGGGGGCAAUUAACGAGAUGAGCGAAGCCGUUGGCCUGGCCACUCUACGGACCGUUGAGAUCCUUGAUGAGGUUGUCCAAAGCAUGAAUGGAAACGUUGAGUUUCUUGUCUCCAAUGCCACCCUGAUUGAUGAGCGAACAGCAGCCAUAGAGUCAAACACGAACGCGAUCUUGGAGCAGAACCAGAACCUUGUAUCCAAGCAGGGGGAGAUGAGCGAAAUGCAACGAGAGACACUGGCAAAAAUGACGGAACAAUCUCGAAUGCUCAAUGGAGUCAUCCAGCUUUUUGGAUCCGUUCAAAUGGGGGAAGGCUUUAGCAAUUCGUUCAAGACCAGUCUCUUAAAGGUGGACGUGAUUAGGCUACGCCUCACUCGCUGGGGCCAGUCUGUUGGAUUGGCAAACCUGGCGGAUAUUCAAAGUCUCCAGCAGGCAAAACUCUCGCCCGACGACAUUCCUAAGGUUGAGGAGCUACUUGGCGGAAUCAUGGACCAAUUCUCCGACGCUGAGACAUAUGCAAAACGGUUCAAGCGCAAAAACCCCGAUACUUCAACACUGGACCCUGCAAAGGAACUAGACACUGUCUCCGCAUCGCUCCACCAGCAAAUGAGCGAGGUUGCCAAACGAAGACAGGGUGAUUCUGAACAAGACCCAGCAGAUGACGUGGCAUUCUACGAAGAGAAGUACUUUGUGCGACUGAUUGAAGACACGAGUGGAUUAGUUGAUGAUUUGAUUGAGCUGUUCCCAGCAGUGCAAGCGGUUCAGCGUAAGCUCUGCGAGGAAGAGGUAGCAGAGAUGAACAAAAUCAAAGACGCCCUUCCUAUACUUAAGGAAGUCGCUGCUGGGCAGGACAAAAUGCUCAGUGAUACUGUCGUGAAGGUCAUUCAGUCCAGUACUACCUACAACAACAGUGUUGUCUUUUCAGGAACCAACUCGGGCUUUCAGAUAGGGAACAACAAAGGCAGGAUCAGCAAUGUGCGUUUCGGUUGA